AUGGCGCAGAGAGGGACCGAGGAUGAGAGCUCGGGGCUGAGGAGAGCGAGGAGCGGGGGAGGACGAAGGUCGACUGCAUUGGACAGAGAUCAACAGAUCCGAGCUGUGAAGGAAACCUUACUGGGGACCCUGGGGAGCUACGAACCGCUUGUCAUCUACCUGCAGGCCGUACUGGUUUGGGAGAGACCUCGACACAGCGCAUUGCUCCAUCUCAGUCUCAACGCUGCCUUCUGGUUCUUUGCUUUGACAUCGCUCAGAAUUUUAUUUUUGGGAGCGUUUGGUCUGAUGAUCAUUAUCUGUAUGGAUCAGUGGAAGAACAAAAUCUGGCCUGAACUGAGAGUUGCAAGAUCCAAUGAGCUGGACAAUGACAGGUAA